AUGGCAAUCACACCAGCUAUUCCAGGCCUUGAGGUCACCGUCAAAGUCGACAACGUAGCAUUGCCGGAGUACGAGUACGAGUACGACAACGAAAACGCCACAAACGCUGAUGACGACGCCGACACCAAAUCAACCAACAAGUACCUCGAGCUGCCCUGCGGAACUGAGUUCUCAGUGCGAACAAUGUUCAGACAGCCCUUAGAUGUAACCUUACAAGUACACACGGACCUAUACAUUGACAACAACUAUUUAUCAGCGCUGCUCAGAGAGACAGGCGACAAAGACGAUUCAAAGAGUACAAACGACAAAACCCACCCAACCGAGGGUAUCCAACUCAAAUUGAGAGGCGUCGGCACCAUCAGAGUCUAUCUCUACCGCGUGGCCCGCGAAUCUAGAACAGAUGCCCUACGCAUCCUGCGCCAGGACCUCGACCAGCUCGCCCCUAUGAACGAGAAAGUCAGCCAGAAAUGCGCUCCACCCUUGCUUAGCUCUGAGUUCCGCAUGCCAGAGGUCGAGAAAGUGCUGUUUGCGGCAUACACGUUCUUCUACCGGUCUACACGCGCUUUCAAGUCCCUGGGCGUUAUUCCACGCUCGCUCUCGCCGGAGCGCUCGCCCACAGCUGAACCUGGAGACCCACUAAGUGCGCAGAGACUGGCGAAUAUGGGUCGUGAUCAGCUCAUCGCUAGCCUGGAGAAGAUUAUGCAUUCAGGGAAGACUACCGGCGUCAAGCGCGAGCGCGAGCGCGAGGACGAUGAUGCUGUGAAUGAUGCCGGGGAGACGGCAGGCCGGCGAGGCGGAGAGCGUGAGCGUAUCCCGCAGAGGUUUGUGUGGAUCGAGAUCAGGAACGGCAUCGAUCUGCGGUGGUUUGAAGAUUUGAAGGGUCACCAAUCUGGGGAGCGGCGAAUACUGGAUCAUACUUCCCGUCAGCUGCAUCAGCCGGGUUGCCUGCUAUUGGACGGCAGUAGAUUGGGAAUAGCAGAUCUUUCUCUUUGA